CAGAAUAUGGAACCCUGCUUCCCCUUUUCUGCGUCUAUUUAAACGAUCAUCUCCGUUUGCGUUUACAUACUAUGCAACGGGAGUCGGGAUUUAUUCAAUAGCUUGUUUUCUUACUCCACAGACUACAAUAGAUGGUAACUUAGAUAUGCAGCCAGAUAAUAAGAUAGAAGAUCUCAAUACCAUAGAUGCUUUGCUCUUGCAAUAAUAAUACUUACUACUGCUGGUUGCACUAUGUUAUCGAUGUCCGGUACAUGUAGAUAUAUUGAUACUGCGGCUGUUCUUUCAUCUCCAUCCUCCUCUUUCCCCUACUACUGUUCAACUAAUGAUCAUAUUAUUACUUGUGUCGUGGAACCAUUAACAUGACUGAAUUGUUGCGAUAUAUAUGUGUAUGUGCACUUGGCAGGGUGACAUCAAGACCGACCUUCUGGCAUGGCGGGAAAUAACUCAUCAGCAUCUUGACCUGAGGGACCUUGCUACUGCUAUCAAGCAAAGGCUCGGUCCAAGUGUAGGUCACCCUGCAUGCACAAAACUGGGCUCAACUAAUGGCGAGGUUCCAUACAGGGUCAGUGUGCGAGGGAGGGUGAACUUGAUGAGGCUCUGCGAGUGCCUGAAGGAGAACGGAUUCCAUUUUGUGGAACUUGAAGCCUUUACCCGGGGGCAGGCAUCAUCAUCGUCGGUUUCAGAUCGGACCAACUCAGCAACUGUUCAUUUCGAUGUCAAUAUCAAUUAUAGGUAGCCCCAGCGCCGUAUGAAGUGCUGGCCCUGCUGUGGUUUGUCAAAGGUCUUUCCAUGAUUCUAUCUACAUCCAAUAGCCUGUAUUACUGCUGAGUGGGGUGUUACCAAGUCAGUAGUCAAACAAAAAGCUGCGCUGAUGAUGGCUUGUCAUUUGUGUAAUUGUGUGUGCUACAAUAUAUUAUUAGCUUGUAAUUCUUCCGGUGAAGGAAAUUAUGCUAGUAGUGACUGCUCGGUCGAGUACUCGAGUACAUGCAUGUAUCAGU